AUGAAGGUCCUUACUAAGGAAGAGGAACAGGCGCAUUACAAUGCCACCAUCAAAGGCGGAAUACUUGGCGGUAUCAUUGGCACCGCUCUGGGAGGCGUUGGCAUGUUCUAUGCGAACCGCAGAUUCCCAGUUAUCAGAGGCCUCACUGUUCCCUUCAAGGCUUUCCUCGUCUCCUCUACAGGAACCUUCGCUGCCGUCAUUGCCGCCGAUCGCGCGUCCGCCAACUACGACCUACAAUACAAUCCCGAGAAGCGCCGCGAAUUAGAGCGCGAGCGAGAGCGCGAGCGCGCCCUUCUCGCGAAUAAAACCACCCUCCAACGCGCCAAGGAAUGGGCAGAGGAGAACCGCUAUCCCAUCAUCUUCGCCUUCUGGGUGCUCUCCAUGGGCGGCUCGUGGGUCAUGGUCAACCGCAACCCGUACCUGAGUGCAAGCCAAAAACUCGUCCAGGCGCGUAUGUAUGCACAAGGAUCGACAUUGGCGGUGCUGCUGGCCAGCUUCGCCUUCGAGGCAAGUGAUGCGAAUAAGGGCAAGGGCAGGUGGGAGACGAUCAAGGUGGUGGAUCCGAAUGAUCCGGAGCACAAGCAUCUCAUUGAGAAGAGGAUACAUCAUGAGCGGUAUCCUGGAGAGGAUCAGUGGAGGGAUAUGAUUGAGGCCGAAGAGGCUCGACGGAAAGCCCGCGAGGCCGAAAGGGCGAAGGCCCAACAGAAAGAGGCGAGCAAGGAGGAGCAGGCUAAGGAGGCAAAGGCUUCCCAUUAA